GUCUGCGACUUGCAAAUACUCUGGGUUAACUUCUUUUAUCUAUUUCAUUUUGUCGCAAUGGACGAGAACAUCCUGUGGGCGACGGCUGUGGUUGAUAGAAGAGCAGCCUUUGAUAAACGACAGGAGAAACGUCGAGCUCGGGCACAAAAGUUGGGGAUUUUGAUUGUGGAUGCAUCUUCUGUGGUGGUAGAAGGAGGGAAUGAAUCUGUUAAUCAAAGUGUUGCAAACAUUCAGGCAGAAGAGCGAGUAAGAAAGAUCUCCUCUGAUCUGAGGCGUGAGAUUGUUGAUCUAGGUGGUGCAGAGAACAUUAUUGAGCUGCGUACAAAGAAGAAUAUCAAGAACAAGACUGCGGCUUCCAAACACCUAAUGGAUAUUCCUGUGGGACCUGUGGAACCGGAUGAGUUUUUAAAAGCAGCGGCUCAUGGAAAGAUGGAAGUAGUUGAGAAAUUUCUGGAAGAUGGAGGAGAUCCAAACACCUGUGAUGAGUUCAGGAAAACCGCACUGCAUCGGGCUGCUUUGGAAAAUCAUGCUAAAAUAGUGGAAAAAUUACUGGACAAAGGAGCUGAUAUCAACUUUAAAGACAGGCUGGACUGCAGGGCUGUACAUUGGGCUUGCAGAGGUGGUAGUCUCUCAGCACUGAAAGUCCUUCAAGACAGGGGAGCUAACAUCAAUGCUAGAGAUAAACUGCUUAGUUCACCUUUGCAUGUGGCCACACGGACAGGUCACAGCGACGUGGUCCAACAUCUUCUAACCAGUGGAAUCAAUAUUAAUGCCAAAGACUGGGAAGGAGACACGGCUCUGCAUGAUGCUGUCAGAUUAAAUCGAUAUAAGAUUGUCAAACUCCUUAUACUGGCAGGAGCCGAUAUGCAGAUCAAGAAUGUUGAGGGUGUUACGGCCACUAAACAGGUGAAGCAAUGGCAGUUUGACACUAAGGAGACACUGGAGAAACUGGAACAGAUGAGAGAGGUUGGUCUGGCCUGACACAUGGAGAUGCAUUGGAUUCAUUAGAGGCUCUGUGAACAGGUGCAUGGCUAGAGAACAACCCCACCUCUAUCUGAGUAACUAUUUACUUUCUGUGUUAGUUAGUG